UUUCAUCACUUGUACCUGUCAGGAAGUGACGGACAAACCCCGCAGUGUGCUACAAUAAAUGACACCCAUCAACACGCAGACUUCUGUGCAGCAUCGGGGUUUGGAACCAGCACGAGAGUUCAAGCAAGCAAAGAAGCCGACCUUCAACUUCAGUUUUCGCCACCAUGUCGGAUACAGCACUCGAUGUCGCAACCCACGAGGCAACACCCGAUCCUGGUUGUGAUUCGUUCUCACCCCCCACAACGCCGCCACCACCCUCCUACGAUGAGCAGCAGCUCCCACCACACUUUGAAGCCCCACCGAUGUACCCUGAGCCCCAAACUGAGGAAAAGUGUCAUCCUGACACCGCUGACGAGUCAUUUGCCAACAUAGACACAGAAGCUCCAACAGACAUGACUGAGACGGCCCCGUCUCCUUUUGAAGACAAAACCGUCAGGAGAGCCUUUGUUAGAAAGGUCUUCAGCAUCCUCACCCUCCAGCUGCUCUUCACCUUCAGUGUGGUGUGCGUGUUCACCUUCUCCAGCGUGGUCAAGGAGGCGGUGCAGGACGACAUCUGGGUCUACGUCAGCUCCUUCAUCAUCUUCUUAGUGGUCGCCACCAGCCUCAGCUUCUGCACGUCCUUCAGUCGCCGUCACCCCUGGAACCUCGUGGCACUGGCUCUGGUCACAAUCAGCUUGUCAUACAUGGUGGGAACUGUUGCCUCCUUCCAUGACACCGCAUCUGUGAUCAUCGCUAUGGGAGCAACGGUGGCCAUUUCUAUGGCAAUCAUCGCUUUCUCAGCACAGACUCGUUAUGACUUCACCAUAUGUUACGGCAUUGCACUGGUUCUGGCUGUGGACAUGAUCAUGUUUGGAUUCUUCUCCAUCUUCUACUAUUCUGUCGUCACGGAGAUCGUCUAUGGAUGUCUAGGAGCACUACUCUAUUCGCUAUUCCUGAUGAUCGACUGUCAGAUGAUUAUGGGCAGGAAGAGCUUGAGUCUGAAUCCUGAGGAUUACGUCACCGCUGCUCUCAAAAUCUACCUGGACAUAAUUCUCAUCUUUCUCUACCUAAUGGGGAGGAGGUGAAGCUGUGUACACAAAAUACACACACACACACACCAAACUGUACUCACAGUGGAAUUGUUCCUUAAAAUUAUUACUUAUUGUGUAUAUAACAUAACAUGAACAAGCAAUCUGUUUUUUAUAUAACUGGUUUUAGUUUUAGCUUUAAAUGCAUAAAAUGAUUCUGUACUAAUUUAUUUUUAAUUUACUGAACUAAAAAAAAUCUAUUUGCUUUUCACAUUAAGAAUUUUCUUUGCUUUUAUUUAGUUAAUUCUCAUCUCCAACCUGCACAACUAACUUCUAAUUCAAUCAUGAAUGACAGACAGUGAUAACAAUUAAGAUCCAUGGGGCCAUUUGCUACAUACAGAACAAAGCAGAAAGCCAAAUUGAAUCGAUGUUGCCCUUUACAACAUGUAGUUUACAGAACAGUUAAAUAACAUGGACAAAUAGUAGUGCAAAAUAUUCUUCAUAUCUCUCUUCUCUCAUUUGCUUUAGCAGUUUACAGUGUGACCUUUACUUCUAUCAAACCCCAGAUACACACACGACUUAGGGACAACAUCAAUCGCAUAUUUGUUAAAAAAAAUACAUAUCUGUGGUCAUUAACUGUUUGGAUAAAGCCAGUAACUAUUUCACCUAUGAAAUGUCAACAAAGUGAUGUAAUAAUCUAAUUUUAUUAAUGUAUAUAAAGUAAUUUUGCACAAUCCAAUGUAAUAUACUGUGGUUAUUGUGUGUUCUUUUGAGCAAAAAUU